UGCUGUCAUUCGUUUCUUAUCUGUCUGACAAUACAGACAGAAAGAUGUUGAUUUCAACUGUUUUAUGUCUGAUUUGCUAUGUCUAUGCAUUUGGAACAAUUAAUUCACUCCCAAAUGGAUCCAGUGAAACUUUAGAGCUAGCGGAAAGUGUGGCGAUACUGGAGGACAUGAUCGUUAAUCAACAGUUUAAUAUCCGGUACGAUGAACACCAGAAAGAUAUCGGGGAGAAAAGUAUUCAAUACUACAAGCCUUAUUCAUGAAAUGGAAAGUCGAAUGCGUGCUCUCGAGAAUAAAGUUAAUGAUCAGGAAUUAAUUAUCGCUAAACAAAAAAAUUCUAAACAGCAAAAUUAUUAUCUGAAGAAAACUGUUGGAGAUUUAAAACUUUUAUUGAUAGCAUAUGACCAGCGUUUUCAAAAAUUGGAAAGAAAAGUUGGCGAUCAGGAAAGAAUUAUUGCUGGCCUUAAGCAGAAGUUUUUUAAGAACGAUGGACAUGAUACAUAUGUGGACUCUUCUACUUACGAUUUGGAUAUUGUGAAUCGUGAACUGAAUAGCUCUAAUUAUACAACAAUGAUUGACAGGAAUAGAAACUCGAAGAAAGAAACUCCAGCCACAGGAAAUAAAGACAAUCAAAAUGGAGUACAAUGCAGACUGCUACCUAUCGUUCCAUCUACCCCAGACACAGGUAAUACCAUCGCAUUCUACGCCACCAUGUCUAAAAACACCCCAUCAAUAACAUUGCAACAUCCUCUGAGAUUUGAUGUUGUGAAGACCAAUCAAGGGAACGCCUAUCAUCCCUCAACCGGUGUUUUCAUGGUACCACAAACGGGAAUGUAUGUUUUCACUUGGACAGUAAGAAUAGAUGGCGCUAACUAUCACUCCACUGAGUUAGUGGUGAACACUGAAUCUAUGGGCAUUGUUCAUUUAAAUACUGGUGGAACAACAGCCGGUGAAGUCACUGGAAUUGUAGUUGUUCAUGUCGAUAACGGGGACGAUGUCUUUGUUAGAACUUAUGGAAACUUCAAUGGUGGCUGUGUUUUGAGUGACCAUGCCGGACGAUCAUCAUUCGCUGGAUGGAAAUUGGCAUGAAAAUGCAUUCCAAAAAGCAAUUUAUAACGACAUGUCAAUUUAAAAUAAAAACACAAUCAUUC